AUGUUGAAAGUGUUCAAGCAAAGACAAACGGGAUUGAUCCCAUUUGCUUAUGAAUAUUUCUUAUCCACACCUCCAAAAUACGAUCUUGAUGAAAAGAAAAACUGGCCAUUGCUUUUAUUCUUACACGGUGCUGGUGAAAGAUUUCCUCCGAUCGAGAAGAUCUUAGCACAUGGUCCACCUAAAUUAGUCAAUGCUUAUUUAACACAAAAAUUCGAUGAUGUGGACGCAGAAUGUGCACGGUUGUUAACAGAAAACUUUAUCACAUGUUCUCCACAAGUCAGUCAAGGCUAUGGAUGGAACAGUCAAGUUCUAACGGAUCUUAUUCAUCAACUCGUUGAUACCUAUCGAAUCGAUCGAGAUAAAAUCUAUUGCACAGGAAUUAGUAUGGGUGGUUAUGGAACAUGGGAUUUAGCCAUGGAACUACCGAAGAUAUUUGCUGCAAUCAUACCGAUCUGUGGUGGUGGUGAUGAAAGCAAAGUAUCGUGUUUAAAAAGUUUACCGAUAUGGAACUUUCAUGGGCAAUUAGACGAUGUCGUACUUGUUGAUGAAUCAACUCGAUUGAUCGAAAGUUUAAAUAGUGAUUUGUGCCGAUCGAUAAUUUAUCCUGAUUUGAAACAUGAUUCAUGGACUCGAACUUAUAACAACAAGGAUAUCUAUCUUUGGUUACUUCAACAGACGAGAGCAAAAGAUGUCGCUAUUUGA